AUAAUUACUUCAGUUCAGAAUUGCUCAUAAUACUCAGACUCUCUCUCACCCAUCUGAUGAAAUGAGCCGGUCUAAGUCUAUUUACGUGUUUCUUUUGUCCCUGAGCUUAAUGUCUUUUCUGUUUUUUGUGUGCAGACAAACAAAGGAUGGACAUGAAGGAUAUGUCAGUCCCAAGAGUCAUUCUUCUAAGCCAGAAAUUGGACCACAGCUGGAUUCUGAGGAGCACGGUAGAUGUGAGGCAAAGAUUCAUACAAGCCCAAUGCCUCUGAAGCUGAAGAUCAGACAGGAUGCAAGAAAGAAGCUUGUUCAUGACAUGUGCAGCAAUAACGAUGUGGCCAAUACCUUGGACAUUGGUCGCAAAUGGCAGACGUUUGACCAAAUUCCCCAGUCGGAGUUGAACAACCUGCUUGUCGACGACCGGCAUGGAAUAAUCUAUUGCUAUGUUCCAAAAGUUGGCUGCACUGCAUGGAAACGGAUCAUGAUCGUUCUGAGCGAGAGCCUGAAGGUGCAUGGUGUACCUUACAGGGACCCUGCAGACAUCCCCAUCGAACAAGUUCAUGGAUCCUCUGUACAGCACCUUAAUGCAUACCCAAAGGCAGUGAUGAAACAAAAACUUGAGACAUACAAAAAGUUCAUGUUUGUCAGAGAUCCAUUUGUGAGGCUGAUUUCAGCCUACAGAGAUAAGAUACAAACAAAUAAUAUAUUCUAUAAAAGAAUUAGUCUGGACAUAGUAAAGAAAUUUGGAAAUAUCUCUAUUCCACCAUCAUCAAUUAAGGAAGCACACACUGAUGGCAUUGUUCCUUCUUUCGAGCACUUCAUCCAAUAUAUACUGAGCCUCGCAGAAAGCAAUUACACAAAGUUUGACGAACACUGGCGACAAGUAAUUCACUUGUGUCAUCCCUGUCUGAUUGAUUAUGACUUUAUUGGGAAGAUGGAAACUAUUGAGGAAGAUGCUGCUCAACUGCUACGAAUACUCCAUGUUGAUAACAUUGUUGACCUUCAACCACUGAAGAGAACAAAAACAGAGCAAAGCUGGACAAAGACCUGGUUUGCCAACAUCCCCAUGGAGUGGAGGAGGAAACUCUACAAAGUUUAUGAGGCAGACUUCAGACUCUUUGGAUAUAAAUAUGAUGAUCUAGACAAUUUUGAUCCUGAAAGCAACAUCUGAAUUGUUUGUUGUGUUCUGUUAAAUUGGAGUGGAAUCUCGUAUUAGGACUUGACAUUGGUAGUUUAGUCUCCUUGAUUGAUUUGAAUGGCAUGGGUGUUCUGGUAACAGAAAAUAUUAUUCCUUGUUCUUAUGUGACAACUGACCUGUUUGAGUUCAGUGCCACUUUUGCACGUUGUAACAAUUAAAGAUCUCGUAGUUACAGGAUACAAAUGAAGAUUUUGAUAUUUUUAAUUUGUAAAUGACACUGGCUGCUUCAUUACAGGGAUUAUCUAACCUUCUUCAUAAUAAGCCAACAGGUAGAAAAUUAUUAUUGCUGGGUUUGGUUCAGUGAAGUCCAGAAAUGCUGCCACAAACAAUUUCCUGUUAUCCUUUUGUACCUGAUACUAUUUUGUCAAGCUGGGAUGUAUGACUAAUUUUUUUGUGGACUAUAUUUACAGUAUGCCUGACCAGAAUAUUCAUUAGGAGAACAACUUUAAUAUUCACUGACCUCUUUCUUUCUCAUAUUCCUUUCUGAAAAGAUCUUGUUAUUUGCAGAUGUUUUUUUUUCCAAACUUAUAAAAUGCAUCACUUUUCUAA